AGUUGGGUAAUCAGUGGACCUGACCUCUGUUGACCCUUGACCUAUGCACCAUUUCAAGCAAGCCAUCUUUGUUCUGACUCGAAGACGUCGUGACUUCAAAAGAAGAAAUCCUUUUAGCCACCUUCCCUCAUACGGUGUGGGUAUAAACCAGCAUGCCCAGACAACAGGAGUUCAUCUGUGGCCUCUCACACGAGGUAGCCAUAGCAGUCCUCCCCAGACUGAACAUGGAAGAGCUGAUAUUUGAACUCAAGAGAAGAAUUAAAAACCUCGACAAAGAAACUAGCAUCAAGGACAGGCUGGUCAGUAUCCUUAGGGACGUGAUGUUGGAGGAAUACCGUCAGUGGGAAAGAAUCUCAGAAGUCAGUUCUCCAGACGAAACGACCAUACCCAUGCAAACUCAGCAAAGCCAGGAGACAGCUAUCAUACAAGAGAACGCUAUGACUGCAGAGACUUCAAGUCCUGAUGCCUCCCAGCUAAGUUUUGAACUGGACAUUGGGAUAAAGAAGGAACGUGAUAUAAGCAGUGAAGUAGUCUUCCAUACAAAGGCAAAGGAUCUCUUGAUGGAUUCAGACCAAAUACCUUUGACUGUUUCAGAACAAGAUCAACUCUGUAACACGCCCAGUCCAGCUUCACCAACAAUUCCUUCGUCAGAAAAGGCAAUGACACAAAUUGAUACCACAGCGGACUUUUGCAUUAAAGAAGAAGACAUUGAUAUGCUGACAGGGGAUGAAGCAGUUAGAGCUUGUCAUGAUGAGCUCAACAUUCAAACUCCUACAUCCAGUACGCAGGUGCUGGAUACACAAAAUCCGAUGAGUACUUCUAGAACAGAGAAGACUGUGGAAAUCGAUACACCUUCGGCUUCUCGUCAUCUGCCACCACACGACGGUGACGUACAUAUAAAGACGGAAUUCCAUGUGUCCGAUGAUGAUCAAAUCAGGCAAAUGUCUCAAACUGAAUACUAUACUAAUGAGAGGGACACUGUUCUCAUCAAAAGCGGACACGAUCAGAGUAGAAAAGACAAUAGUGAGGAAACACCUUUGGCUUCUUAUCAACCGACUCCAGACCAGGAUUGUGAGAACAUGACGUCCCUUCCUCAAGACAACGACUCACGAUUAGAUAAUAAACGCUACCUGUGUGACGUGUGCGGAUUCAACACAACAAACGCACGCUAUCUCUCCAAGCAUAGGAAACGUCACAAAGAAGAAAAGCCUUUCAUGUGCGGGGAAUGUGGUUACAGGGCUCGUCAUAAGUACCGGCUUGUCGAACACAUGAGAACACACACUAGCGAGAAACCGUUCAAGUGUAAUCACUGCAACUACAAUACGUCACAUAAAAGAUAUCUAGUCGAGCAUAUGAAAACACACUCGGACGCAGAACCUUACAUAUGUGAAAUCUGUGACUACCGGACCUACAAGAAGUCACGCAUAGAGAAACACAUGAUGUCCCACGCUGGUGUGAAACCCUACAAAUGUGAGGAAUGUGAGUACAGAGCAACUCACCAAAGCCAUGUUAUUAGGCACAUGAGGCUUCACACCGGUGAGAGACCCUACAGUUGUCAAGAGUGUGACUACAAGGCAAACGAAAGGGCAAAACUCAAUCGGCAUAUGAGACUCAAACACCCUUGAGAGAUGAGACUAGUACUGUCAUAAGUCGAAACCAGCGAAUGUGACGUCGGAUUGGUCAAUCUACAAGGAGAUUGCAAUUGACGUAAUUGCUUUUGGAUAAUCUCGACAUUUUAAAGCAAAAAAAAGACAGCAAAAACAAAGCUUCCAGAAGCAUCAAACAGUCAACGUUUGGUUUGUCAAAUAUGCGUGAUUCCAAGAGGCACGUUAGACAUGGAAUCAACAGAAUGUUCAGCAGAAACCGUGCAGGGGCACGUAUUGUGAUUACAGGGGGACUGGCCCUGACUUAUGUAAGGUUCACACAGUGCGCCAAUCGGGACAGGGAUCUUAUUCGUGGUGCAGUGAUCGCGACAUUAAGGUGGCACAUAAAGCCAGUUAGGUUAAGGAAAUGAGGAAACAUGCUGUGGAGAAACUGUUCGUGAUCCUGGCUUCAAGUCAGUCCAGAACAAACUACUACCAAGCCAAUAAAACGGCACACUUGCACGAAAUGUAAUGGGCUUCAGUUUGGGUAGUAACUGAUGUGGAUACAUGAGAGCACCAAAUCAUUUAGAUAAGCUGUGCUAAGGUGUUAAACCAUAUCGUACAAUGAUUAGACGGACGUCAUACAAGAUUUCGCUUGUCAUUCCGUCACUAAAAGACACUCUCCAUUCUGAAAGCACUUUAGUUGCAAGGUUUGUACAGAAGUUAAGUACAUAUUUGUCGGAAAUUAAGAGAACGAAGUUUUGCAUUGGUUUCCGGCGAUGCUAGUCAUCAUGCUACAUAGUUUUGUUCCUUUAAUUUUCAUACUUAUUGAUAGCAAUAAAGUUGAACAUCGUCA